AUGUCAGAGGGCUCCCAGAGUGCUCCCGUGCUGGGAGGUCCGCUGGUCUCCUGGAAGCAGUUUUGGCUGGGGGUGGUCCCGCUUUUCGUCACAACUGUGUUUCUUCUCAGCAUCUUCGGCCUUUGGUAUGUAUCGGCGAUCAUCGUCGGCCUCGUCCUUCUUUACAUCAUCAUAGAGGUGAUUAUCCUCAUCUGCUUCAAGAACUCCUUCCAGCUUUGGGCACUCCAACGACCCUGGAACUUCCUGGUUCGGCUUUUGUUACCGCCAGUGGAAAUUAUCGACAGCAUAGGUGCCGGCAACACCGACAACACCAUGUUCGCCUACCGCAACUGGGGCCAGAACCUCUGCGCUUCUGGGCAGGUUUGGCUGGGCAGUCAUGCUGACGUGUCAAAGGCCUUGUUAAACCCACAGGCCCGAAACCAUUGGUUGGGCGAGCACCCGUUGUACCGGGGCUCCUUGCCGGAGGGGGAGUCUGGUCGUUGCGUCUUCCUGCUGAGCUUGUCAGGCAAAGCUGCAGGGGGUACUGGCGACCACGAAGCCUUCCGCCAAUGCAUGAUUGACACUCUCUUCACUGAUGCCGCCAGAGUGCGGGAGACGGACGAGAUGUCACAGCAGCUCAUACACCAGACUGCCGAGGAUUUUCUGAAGCAGGGAAGCAACGACUUCUACUACGGAACAGACGGAGGCAACACAGUGUUUUGGACGAAGUACUUGCACCAUGUCCUCUUCGCCUUGGACAUCGAGGACAAGGCGGUGCUGUCCACGCUCGACUCCCUUUACACAGGGUCAUCUGCCUUGAUGCACUACCUCGAACCAUUUGGCCGCACGCCCAUCUGGGAUAAGCAUGCCACGAUAGGGACGGUCGCUGACCUCUACGAGAAAUCCGCGGCCUUCGCAAACUUCGAGGUGAAGCCGGAGUACAACAGCAUGUCCUCUCGCGAGCUCGCCUUGCUGAUGACGGCGAUCAUCCGCAUCGCCGGCGUGCAGGGCUCCCGCAUGCUGCUUUGGCUCUGCACCUCGGGGGCGCUCCAUGGGAACCUGCAGGUGGACGCCCGGCCCAUCUGGGACUCCCUGAGCCUGGAGGAUGACGACGAGGUGCUCCGCUUCAUCCUGGAGGUCUCCCGGCUCUCCCCGCCGGUGACCGUCUCCCAUCACAUUGCCCAAGAGCCCUUCUCCUGCGAGAUCGCCGGCAAGACGUACAGCUUCCCGAAAGGCACCAAUGUGGCCAUUCCCCUCGUGUACGCCAACAUUGACCCGACCGUCUGGGGCGAGGACGCCUUUGAGUUCAACCACAAUCGGCCUGGCCUCAAGGAGAAGCACGUCGGCUUCAACUCCGUGAAUGGUGAGGGAGCCCGCGAAUGUCCUGGCAAAGGCUUGGUGCUGAGAACCACGGUUCGCCUGCUGCAGGAGAUUGGCAAGAAGAGGCGGCAGCAAAAUGCCACUCCACCGAAUGUUUGA